GCCACUUUAGAUUUCGCCUGCUGUUUUCCUGGUGGCUUCCCCAAACCAAACCUCUGUGGCUGAGUACGGCAGUGCUUCGGGGACAAAAAUCUUUCUCUUCUCUGGGCUCGGCCUUGUUAAUUGUUCCGUGGUUAAAUCGGGCGGCAAGUAUUUGGGUCCCCAUUGCGCUGCUAUUCAGGAGGUAGGGGGAGGCUGAGCCCGGCGCUGAGUUCGGGCUGACUGGGGCUUGGGCCCAGCGAGUCGGUGCCGCUGCGCGGAUGUUGCGAUGGCUGAUCGGGGGAGGCCGAGAACCUCAGGGACUGGCGGAGAAAUCUCCUUUACAGACAAUAGGUGAAGAACAAACCCAGAAUCCCUACACUGAACUGCUUGUACUGAAAGCUCAUCAUGAUAUUGUACGAUUUCUGGUGCAGUUAGAUGAAUACAGAUUUGCAUCUGCUGGUGAUGACGGAAUUGUAGUUGUGUGGAAUGCCCAGACAGGAGAAAAACUUCUGGAACUUAAUGGACACACUCAAAAGAUAACAGCUCUUAUUACAUUUCCUUCCUUGGAAGCUUGUGAAGAAAAAAACCAACUGAUCUUGACAACCUCUGCUGAUAGAACAGUGAUAUUAUGGGAUUGUGAUACUGGCAGACAAGUUCGGAAAGUAUCCUGCUUCCAGUCUACUAUAAAGUGUUUAAUUGUUCUUCAGAGACUAGAUGUUUGGCUCUCUGGUGGGAAUGACCUAUGUGUGUGGAACCAAAAAUUAGAUCUCCUGUGUAAGACUGGUCACCUUUCUGAUACAGGGAUCAGUGCUUUGAUUGAAAUACCUAAGAACUGUGUUGUGGCAGCAGUUGGCAAAGAACUGAUAAUUUUCCGGCUGGUAGCACCCACAGAAGAAUCACUGGAAUGGGAUAUUCUUGAAAUUAAGCGCCUCCUUGAUCACCAGGAUAAUAUUCUCUCAUUGGUUAAUGUCAAUGAUGUGAGUUUUGUAACUGGCUCCCAUGUUGGAGAAAUGAUCAUCUGGGAUAUCCUGGACUGGACCGUGCAAGCCUGUGAAUGCAGCUUCUGGGACCCAUCUCCACAGCUGGACACCCAGCAAGAAAUAAAACUCUGCCAAAAACCAGAUGACAUUUCUAUUCAUCAUUUCACAUGGGAUGAAGAGAAUGUAUUUGCUGCAGUCGGAAGGGGUUUAUACGUGUAUAACCUUCACAUGAAGCGUGUGAUUGCUUGCCAGAAAAGUGCCCAUGACUCUAAUGUCCUGCACAUUGCCAAACUUCCGAACAGGCAGUUAAUCUCAUGCUCAGAAGACGGCAGUGUACGCAUUUGGGAGUUAAGAGAAAAACAGCAGCUUGCAGCUGAACCUGUACCAACAGGUUUUUUUAACAUGUGGGGAUUUGGAAGAGUGAACAAGCAAGCCAGCCAACCUGUUAAAAAGCAACAAGAAAAUUCUCCUCCAUGCUCAUUGGAGCUUAUUGGAGAUUUGAUUGGACACUCCUCAUCUGUGGAGAUGCUUCUGUACUUUGAAGAUCAUGGACUAGUGACAUGCUCUGCUGACCAUCUCAUUAUUUUGUGGAAAAAUGGAGAAAGAGAAUCUGGAUUGCGCAGUUUAAAAUUAUUUCAAAAGUUAGAGGAGAAUGGUGGCUUAUAUCUUGCUGUCUAGUUGAAGAAAUUUGGAACACAUGUGCAUGAACCUUGAACAUCAAAUAUAGGGUAAUACUCAAAUUUGUAAUGUAUUAUUUUUUUAAAGAGUUUAAGUAAUCUCCACCCCCAGUGAGGGGCUCAAACUCACAACCCCCAGAUCAAGAGUUGCAAGUUGUUUCUCAGGUAUUAACAUUCACAAGAGAAUACACUGCAAGUUUUUUGUUUGACUUUUCACAGCAGUAACCUGAAACCACUGAGGAAAUGGGUCUAAUUUCAGCAGUGAAUUUUCAGAAAGUAUUCAGAUCAGAGCACAAAUAUUGGUAAAGAAUUUUAGCCUAGUGUCCGUAUAGAAAAUUUUUUUAAAAUAACACUUAAAUUGUAUGAGCUUACGUUUAAUGAAAAAAGUGCUCAGAACCUCUCACUUGAUUUAGUAUAAUUUCGUUGCCUCUAAUUACAUUCUUACUCAUCACGAAAAUUUUUUAAAAAGUUACAUGUACUUUCAUUUAGGCCUUUCUGAAUUUUGAAGUACCUGGCUUUAUUCUCAAAAUGAGUAUUUUAACUAUACCUGUUUUUAAAAAACUUAUGAGCCUACUUUAAAAAAUAUAAUAAUUAUAGAAGAUAUUUUGGGAUAAAAAUGAAAAAUCCACUGAAAAACAGGUAGGACGUAGCACAUCUUGAAUUUACACCUUGAGACCUCCAGGAGAUUGUGUUGCUGCUCAAGGGGUGUGUGCUGGGUUUGAGCUGCUUCAUUUGAAUCUAGACCCGGUGAAGAGGUGGAAAUAGAACAGCAUAACUGUGGCAUUCGUUAGAAGUUUUAUUUUGUUCUUUGGUUUUCCUUAGAGCCUGUUGGAUUAAGAAUCUGUGUGAUAAAUAUAUCCUACCUCCUACAGAUUCCCUGGUCUUUAGUAACUAAUUAAGAAUGUUCUAUGAGCAAACUUGAGUCUUUUACUGUUUAAUUCCAACUUUUUUUGUUGGUGGUGCCAAGUAAUUUGUUUAAAUGCUUUUGUUGUGUUUUAGUUUAGCUACUACAAUUCCUAUAAACUCAGAUCAAUAGGAAUC